AAAAAGGUUAUUUGUUGUUCCUCUGAAAUUGAGACUUAAUUGGGUAUCUUACGUUUUUAUUUGUUUCAUCUGUUUAAUUUGGUCCCCUACUUGGGACCCCAGGAAACACACUGGGCCUAAUGUAUGGGCAGUUAAGGAUGACAGGUGAUGCACAAGCCACCCUAGAAAGGCUGCAUGUUAGGUGGUGAGCUUUCCGCUGUGGGGCGUGUUCAGGUAAGGCCAGGUAACCACUUGGUGGAGGGCAUUUGGGUUUCAGAUGCCUGGUUCCAGUGAGAGUCUAGGAAAUAAACAUUUUGAGACAAGGAGGAGAGUUGAUCCCCUGGGUCCUCACUGAGCUCUGUCCCAUCUCGAGUUCAAAAGCUCUCUGAAGCCAUUUGCCAUCAGCACAUGCUGAGAGGACCAGUUCUCCCUGCUGGCCGGGAGUGAUGGAUGGCCUCAGCCAUCUGGUAGAAACCAGCCCAGCCAGCAUGGUCUCUUUAAGGCGUUUGGUUUGGCUUGUUCCUUUAAGGGGUUUGGUUUGGCUUGAAGAAGCACUGUUAAAGGUGAAAUGAAAAGCAUUUUUGUCUCUCUUGCCGAGAACUGACUGUGACUUCCUGGUUCUUUAUAUGUCUCCUGCAGCACCAUGCGACUUGUGUGACCUGCAUCUCUCCCGGGCAGUGAAAGCAUGAAAAACACCCACCCCCCAGUUUCUGCACAGGCCCCUGCAGGAAGAAUCAGUGAAUGGCUGACAUUUGACAACAUGCACCACCAGUGGCUUCUGUUGGCCGCAUGCUUUUGGGUGAUUUUCAUGUUCAUGGUGGCCAGCAAAUUCAUCACAUUGACCUUUAAAGACCCAGAUGCCUACGGCGCCAAACAGGAGUUCCUGUUCCUGACAGCCGUGCCCGAUUCCGGGAAGUUACGGGGAGAGAAGCAGCUUCCUGAGGAACUGAAGCCAACCGGGAAAAUGCUUUCAGACGGCCAGAUUGUUCAGCCCCUGGUCUAUAUGGAGCGCCUGGAGCUCAUCCGAAACGUCUGUAGGGAUGAGGCCCUGAAGAACCUCUCACACACUGCGGUGUCCAAGUUUGUCCUGGACCGAAUAUUUGUCUGUGACAAGCACAAGAUCCUCUUCUGCCAGACCCCCAAAGUGGGCAAUACGCAGUGGAAGAAAGUGCUGAUUGUGUUGAACGGAGCCUUUCCUUCCAUCGAGGACAUCCCUGAGAACGUGGUUCACGACCAUGAAAAGAACGGCCUUCCUCGUCUCUCCUCCUUCAGCGAAGCAGAAAUCCAGAAGCGCUUGAAAACCUACUUCAAGUUUUUUAUUGUAAGAGAUCCCUUCGAAAGACUGAUAUCUGCUUUUAAGGACAAGUUCGUGCACAAUCCCCGCUUUGAACCGUGGUACAGACACGAGAUUGCCCCCGGCAUCAUCAGGAAAUACAGGAGGAACCGCACGGAGACCCGCGGCAUCCAGUUUGAAGAUUUUGUGCGCUACCUGGGCGAUCCAAACCACAGGUGGCUGGACCUCCAGUUUGGGGACCACAUCAUUCACUGGGUGACGUACGUAGAACUGUGUGCGCCCUGUGAGAUAGCAUACAGUGUGAUUGGCCACCACGAGACCCUGGAGGAUGACGCCCCAUACAUCUUAAAAGAGGCGGGCAUAGACCACCUGGUGUCAUACCCCACCAUCCCUCCAGGCAUCACCGUGUAUAACAAAACCAAGGUGGAACACUACUUCCUGGGCAUCAGCAAACGUGACAUCCGGCGCCUGUAUGCCCGUUUCGAAGGGGACUUUAAGCUCUUUGGGUAUCAGAAGCCAGAUUUUUUGCUAAACUAACAUGGAGGACUGUGACUUCAGAUACCUUUGUUAGACCAGAGGCUAAGCAGGCGGAGACAGAGCAUGGAAGUGACACUCCUUCCAUCACACUCCUGAAGCCUCCCGCAGGCACCCAAUGGGCCCAUGUGCGCCUCGGCCGGUGAAGUUGCACCCCGACUGUUAUGGUUUAGUUUAAACAUCAGGUGCACUGAGGACCCCCACCCCUACCAAUGCCAUGAGGUCCUUGCUCUCCUUAGGAGAUCCUUAGAAGGAGAAUGAACUUACAGGCCAGGAGGAAACGUUACACACACUCGGAGUCAUUUCCCUCAGUUGUUGAGGAGGUGGGCAUGCUUGCAGCUCCCCUAGAUUGUGGGGUGGUCGUGCCUGCUACCGAAGGGUUGCAGGAAUGGCACCCAGCACUUUAGGAGGCCUGAGAAGCUGAUGGUGUGCAGAAACUGCAGGGGCUAGUACAGGGCCAAGUCUGCGUAAUAUAACUUCACCUCUGGCUCUCAUCUCAACGCUGCUAUAAUCACAGAGGUAAACCAUUCUUUCCAUGACUGUCUCAUUCCUGUGAGAUUUCGGGGUAACCCAAGGGCACUUUCGGGCAGUCUGACCUUUGAGAAUACGUGCCUGUGUAUGUGUACCUCCAGUCCGUAUUGCUGAUCCUCUGCCUGCUAAGUGAUCAUCUCAUUCAGCCCAAGACAUACAGUUUUGGAAAGUGAGGGGAGUGGAGUGUGCAUUUUUUCUACCUGAGAAAGUGAAUGUCUUUGAGGGCCUCAAAGGGAAUGUGGAACCAGAAAAGGAAGCGCUGGAGGUUCUGGAUCCCAGGGUGCUGAGGGCAUGGGCGUGCCCAUCCUGAUUGUCUCUGUCUUGUCUUUGUCCCACCUGAGUGGGCAGCGGGGCCUCCCUUCCUGUCUCCUCUGGGCCCUCCCCUGGGCUGAAGGCCAGCAGGGCUCCGAGUUGCAGUCAGUUCAGUUUACAUGGUUCAGUUUCAUCAGCAAAGUGCUCCCCACUGGACCUGUUUCUGUUAGUGCCGCUAUCCCAGUCUCUGCAUUGGACAGUGAGGUUCACCAGCAAUAAAAUCCUGGGCCGAGGCAGCCACCAUGUCAGAUGCCUGCUGACACCAAGGGCCCUUGAGAUCCAGGACCAUCUCCCUGUGAGAUCCCCACGUGCCCGUGAGCCCAGCUUUUCUUCCAGGCAGCCUCCACCUUCCCUUUCUCAAAGGGGCUGCCUGAGUCUGUAAAUGUGAAAAUAAAUAAAAACUGUCCAACCCCGACACAUGCUGCACUUCCAGGGAGGGCUCUGUGGCCACGCAGGGUCCCUGGGCCUGGCAGCAGUGUGGGGCCAUGUAGGACUGCCCACCACUGCCGGCAACGACCACGGAAGGGAAGGGCCCGGUGGGACUGCCACAUCACGGACUGAGGGGCGUCAGUGUGGUAGCCUUUCAUCAGCUCGCACGCAGGGGGUGUAACAUGAGUUCUUUUUCUGUAAAGUCUUGUGAAAAUCGUUUCACACCUAAUAAGCUGAUUGAUUACCUCAUUUCUGUUUGACAUGUAACAGUGUGAAUAAUAUAUUUGAAUCUAAGGCCUUAAAGUUAGUCCUAAUUUUUUAAAAAAUACCUUUUUUCUCAGAAAUAAAGGUUGGAAGCUGG